UCGCCACAUUUCCAAAUCCUAUGGCUACGUUGCAAAGAUUCAAGUUCUUGGGGACACAGUGCGGAGUGGCUGUACAGAGCCCUACACGAAGCCCGAGUCCGAGGACAAGUCCUUUGGUGCAGCUUCGACGCAAAAAGACAACCUUAAAGAUGCUUUUGAGUCUUGCAUCACCGAGCCGCCGAGAGCAGCAGCCGUUGAUUCAUCAUAGUCACAAGGAUGUAGCUGGACGCAAACUUAGAGACUUAUUUGUCUCUUCGUCUUCUGGAGAGAAAGAAGAAGAAGAAGAAGAGGUGGAGUUAGAGGAGAGACGUAAAGGGAAAACAAAAGAAGAAGUUCUUGCAGCCAUGGCAGCUAAAUUGAAUGCAGCUGCUAGUUUACAAAGUGAGUCCACCGAUGCAGCACCUGCUUGGUUUGGGUUCAGCAAGCGGCUUCUUCAGCGAUCUUGGCGGCCUAAGCUUGGUACUAUUCCCGAGUAAUGUUACCAAUUUUCUUCUCUUUUAUUAUGUGACUUUGGAAACAAUUAGUUUCCCAUAUGAAUGAAUAGAUUUGUUACUUCUCAGAGUUGGUAUCUUUCUGUUUAAAUCCUUAAUAAAGAUGAACAAGAUUUCACC